CCGACAUAUUCCAGCCAAUAUGGCGUGACCUCGACGAAGAAUCAAGAAGUUGUUCACCAUUUUUCGUUCGUUCAAAUCCGCUGGUCUAGCGUUGGAGUAGACCAGGGUCGCGAGUCUCCUCUUAGCGAUCAUCAGGAACCCCCGGUUGACACUCCCCACCCGGCUCUCUAUCAUCACCAGCAUGAAGAUGUACUGCAUGACGUACCAGUUCAUGAUCAUGCUGGGAAGGAGCAGGGGAGUCCAGACUUUGUACCAGUCAUCGACGACCGAUAUCUCCAGGACGAAAAUGGAGAUCCAGACGGUGCAAUUCCCUGUGAACAACACCACGAUCUGGAUCUUCGAUGUGUCGGAGGACACGUCCUGGAGGAUCAGCAUUUCCUUGUCCAUCUCCACUAUUCGAUUCAGGAUCUUCAACGCCAUGUUGUAUUGAACAGCGACGAUCGUCCAGAUGACGAACAUCACGGAUAUCCCGAAGACUCCUUUGAUCGUCGUGGCAGAAUUCAGUAAAUCGGCGUCACUCUGGGGCCCUUUGUUCAGAAGAGGGACUGUCACUACCGCAGCACCUGUCACGAUGAUUAUCAGGGUGUACGUGUACACGAUACCGAGGACACAUCGUUUGAACAUCAGGUUGUGAGGCUGGAGACGUCGUUUACUCCGAUGGGAGGUGAGAUUUUUUAUGGAGAUCGGGGCUAGUCCGAAGAAUUUGUAGAUCAUGAUCAGGAAUCGGAUGCUGUGGCUGUGCUUCACGAGGUAUGUGUCCGCCAACGGUUGCUCUGGGCCCAGUAGAUGGGGUUCAAUUGCGAUCAUUUCCGGUAAUUUAUGUGUAUGAUAAUGUGAAUGAUUCAUAUCACCAUAAAACUCCUUAAUUAAUCCAAUUCCAAUUAAAAUUCCUCCAGGAUUUUAUAGAUCUCCCGACGUUUUGGAUGAGUCUCUCACAACCUGCGCACCACCUCCGGAGCUUUCUUUCAUUUAAAAGCGUAAAAGCUCCUUUAAUCCUCGAGUCAAGUGGUGAAAGUCACUGUAGAGACAGACAAAUCACCGCCGUCGACGGCAGAACUUUCCCCCACCGCCAAAAAACCGUAUUAACAUAAUCUAAAAAUGUUUCUACCCCCUUCCCCCAUCAUCAGGGUCAUGAUCAUCAGGUACGAGCUGUGGAUAAUGGAAGUGGAGAAAUGUAUAACAAUAAAUGGCGUCAGGCCGGCGUAAAAAUCAGUUAUUUCCCGGCACAUCUCGUAAAAUAUAACGUACGCACGUUCGAUAAUCAUCAUUUCAACGGUUACAGGUCUAUUAAGCCACCCUAGUGAAGCGAUCAGGGUGUAUGUAAACAUUAUUCGUGCUUAUCCUGAAUAAAGCGUCGGUCAAGCUUGCAAAACGCUUUUCCAUUAGCGUCAGCACUAAUGCACUGCUCUGCAAUAUGCGAUUUAAGGACGACGAUGUGCCCUGUGUAGAUAGUUAUUGAUGCGAUGGCAUAUGCCAGCGAACGAAGGAUUAAAUGAGGACAUUAGGAAGUGAGGGAUUAAUUUUUUAAGCCCGCGAGUGCAAUAAAAUGAUGGAAAUCCUGAAGAACUAAAAACUCCAGACGUUUUUCUCAACAAAUGAAGGUUCCAACGUAUUCAGAGGAUGACACAGCAGGUUUAACCGCAGGUCGGGGCCCGACUGUCGGCUGGCCACCGGCGGUACGUAAACAACAUGCCGGCGGUAGUCGGUAACACAGAUUUCCCUGCGAUGCAGCACGAGGAGAAUUCGAUUUUUGAAGAGGACGAGUAAAACCAGGUCAUGAAGAUAAUGUUUAAGCACUAGGACUAGGAUUCAAAGGACUAAUGGAAAGGGAAAAUUCUUAUGGAAUAAUCAGGGAAAGGGAGAAGUUCCACAGGAUAUUUCCUUAUUUGAUGGAAUACAAUGGGCCUUCCCCCAUGUCCCUGUGUAUCCAAUUGUUUGGUGUAUAUAUUCCCACAAAGACGAGGGGUCCUUUUGUUGGACAAGGGGUCGAGUUAGCCGAGUCAAUCACUGAGUGAUUGACAUUAUCAGCCGUACAACUCCAACAAUAUAGAAAAAGAUUGCUCCGAAUGAUAAUAAAGAUACUGAGACAAUCUUGGGGCAAUUCAAGGGCCUCCAUUGACUCCGUUCAGUACUUAAUUGAAAAGAAAUAUAUACUUGAAUUUACCUCUUAUCAAUCGGCAAUCCAAUAGCCGAUUGAAUCAACAAAAAGUGCGAAGGAGAUUCCAACUAAUUUUGGUAAUCAAUAAUUCCAUUAGUGCGGUAUCCAACGGUUAUAUUUGUAUAUCUGUAGCGGUCUCGUGUCCAUUAUCGCACUCGGGUAUUCGCACUCUAUCAAUCUUAUAGGCAAUUGUGCACCGCAGAAUUGAAAUGGAAUGUGAAUGUGAUGGGCGCGAUAUACCGAUCGCUAAUGCAUAUCUACGAUUCAUCGUAUCAUCCUGGUAAAUUCAGGAUAAAAUUAAUAGUCAUCGCUGGGUAGCUCUGGGUAGUUCUUUUAGGUGUGAAUCGAUGGUCAUUUCGAUAUUCAUUUCCGAUAUAUAUAUAUUUUUUUUUACGUGGGAAGAAAAACAUCAGGCGAAUCUCAGAGAGGAAAUGAAGAUAUUCUCGAAUAUUAUAUGAAAAAUAUCUCGCUGGAUGUGAUUUAAAUAAUUAAUUAACGGUAAAUCGUUAAAAAUUCGAGGUACGUGGCAACCACCGGCUGACGAGUCCUGAACAAAUUAUAAUGGGGUUGAAAUUUCAACAGAACUUGAAUGGCGGUGGAAUAAUGAGUGAACGCUUCGAUACGAUAAUAAAAAUAACGACAACUUAUCGUCUAAACUGGCUCACACCAGUCGAAUAAUAAAUAUUCCCCUUUCGUGUUUUAAAAAAAAAAAAAUCCUCCUUUUCUCAAGUUAGCAUGUAAACGACAGAAACAGUGGGGGAGAACAGCCCCUUUAUUUUAUCAUUGAUAGUGAGCGACGCGGAAGUUUUUGGGCACCCGAUGGAAAAUUAUAUAUAGCUGUGCCCAGUAUAAAUGCCAAUUAGUUGGUUGAAUCAAGCGCAAAAGGGCGGGCGUAAAGCUCUCCUGUGCGAUGAGAUGAGAAGAGGGAUGAGGGGGUGAAGAAUGAACCGCUCAACUAACACGAAAGAUUUUCGCGCUCACCCGGUGCUAUUCAUAAAAGGUUAUAAAGUCUAGAGACUGUGCAUGUUACUACUGGUAACAGCUCAAUGAAUUUUUUAAUUAAAAGCGUCAGGCGUUAUAAAUACAGUUUUCCUAUUGCAAAUGCAGUGGAACUUUUUGAUGUUUGCGAUACUGGGUAUAAUGGAAUUCUUAGCAUUGGGAAAUAAUGAGAAUCAGUUGGAUUCCAGUGGAGUAAUUGCAGUGGUGGAGAGGACUUUUCAAUUUAUUCGCGUCGUCAAAGGAUAAAUGUCAUCAAGUGUCUUCAAUCAUAUUCCUUUGAACUUGGGAAGAUUUGGUGGCAUUAACAUCGGAGAUGAGUGAAGGGUAAUUGGGAGGUCCUGGGGAAGCGACGGACAGAGGAAUUUCUUUGGAGAACUCGACAUUAUUGCACGCCGUAAAUUGCAUUAAAAAAUUGGGGAAUUAAUUUAAAUAAUUGAGGUAUCAGAGGCGACGUCGAGCAUCUGCAAUGGAACUCCUUGGAUCCCGUUCCAGUGAUGAAGAUCAAAUAUCAUUACCACAACUGAAUAAAAAGUAAUUGCUAAAUCUCGUCGAAGUGGUCGGACAAACAAAUUCCCAUUGGCAGAAAAACCCGGAAUAAUUAUCUGAUGCUGUUUACUUAAUUCGCUGGCGGUUUCGCUGACACUGACGAUGGUUUUUUUUUCACCCCCCCCCCAACCCCCUGGCCACCAUAAUCACGGAGUCAGAUUAAAAUACUGUUUGGAAAGACAAUUCUCGGGGAUGAUGGAGUGUCUGCGGAGAUUAUACCCCCAUAACGAAUGAAUGAAUGAAUCUCGUUUAUUGUUAUGGACCAUCGGAGCAACCAUCACUAUGGGUUAACGUAUGAAUAUCUAAUGCUCCCCCUUUCACAAUUAAAUUUGGACAAUAUGUUUUGUUUCGCUUGAGCCCACCCUCGGUCGAGCAAAUGGGGAUGAUGAAGGGGGAAUUGUCGCUUAUGUAUCGAUAUACGGCUUGUGGGACAGACCCUUCUUCAAUGCUCAACGGACGAUGCUGGGGGGAGAGAUUGAAUACCGCUGUGAGUGUUAAUCUCACGCUAACCCACCAAAUUCACGCAAGUGCUAACUUAAUAGUUCUUUUGGUUUCAUUCGGGUUCAACUACUGGGAUAAUUUGAUUUUUUUUCCCCCCGACGUUUUUCGGCUUUCUGAUGAGGGAUUAUGAAACAGUUUAUUCAUUGUUUACCCAGGGGGGUUUAUUUACAUUUAAAUAACAAUUCCCUAACAUUAAAUUUAGAUUUUUUUAUCGAGCAUUUGAUUUCUGCCCAAAACCUGAAGGAAAAAAAAUUGUAUUUCACCUUUAAAACCGCAAUUAAAAAAAUUUUCACUUCCACUUUACAGAGCCUCGACUUCCCCCAACAUCCCUUAAUUUUUAUCCACCUUCCACAGUCUCUAAAACCCCUCCAAUAAUCCCCAAUCAUCUUCACCCUGAGAAUUACAUAAUUUAAUCGACUCAGACCAACAAUUUUCACACCUCGUCCGCAGAUACCCCCGGCAAGCCUCCCCGCCACCCAAUCAACCAGAUCCACCCGCGUAACAUCCCUUCAUUCUCACCCCCCCAACCCCCUCCCACCCUCCGCCCUCUUUAUCCCUCGUAUCAGCUCUGAUUGUACCAACAUCUCGCGGCGAUUGCGCAUGCAAAUAAGUAUCGCAAAGACCCCUCAACCCCCUGUCACCCCCUGGGUGAGUGUGCGACCCCCUCAUUUCGUACCUGUUACGAUAACCAGGCGUUUGAUAAAAGCAACGACAGCGUUAAUCAAAAUAAGAAGCCACCACUGGCAUUCCAAGUGCACGCGCCUCCGGGUCUACUCUAACGUCCAAAGAAAAAAAAAAAUCUAAGGGAUGUAACAUUUGGAACGGUUAGGGUACUUCAUUUUGACGCGGGUUCGUGGGCUUGCCGUUACAACAGCCAAUCGUAAUCUUUCCGUCGUAUCGACUGUAUCACCCAGGCCACGCCCACGGAAUCGUACGAUUGGCGGAAUAACAGCAUUGAACAACUGGCUGAAUGGUAGCCUAACCAACCCGUAUCUUUGUACUCGGAAUGGUAUGAACAGUGGUGGGGUGUUGGAGAAACUGUCCCAAAAGGGGGAUAGAAUGACCCAGGGCGGGAUCAUCAUAGCCACCAGGACUGGAGUCGUUUAUUCGCUUCGGGACAACCAACAUCGGAGCAUCGGAUUUACAAAUUCAUUAUUUUUUCUAAUCACAUUGCGGUUGUGAUUGUUGUGUACACCUGUCGAUUACGCUGUGAAAUUUGUCAUGAACUUUAAUUACUGACUGGUUACCUGGUGGUUACGGAUGGACUGAUAUAUUCCUGGGGUUGGAAUUUUUUUUUUUUGGUUUUUGGGUGAGUUUGAGACAGUGAAAGUGAAAUUUUUUAUUUGUGGAACGUGAAGUGACUGGUUAUUUGUAUUUUUAUUCUGGAGUUUCUACGUCACAUGACGUCGAUUCAGUGAUAACUCGUGAUUAUUUUUAUUUUUUUCGGUGAAGGGGGGAGGGUGGAAGGGGGGAAGAAGAGUAGUGCGGAUUAAGAGAAAUUGUUCACAAACGGCUGUAAAAUUGAGCUGGAUUUUCAACGAGCCGCCGGCAACUUUAUGAGAGCCGGCGGAAAUAUGUGCGACGGUGGUGCGUUUCAGGAAUCACUACGGGGUAUGCAGUGCUUGACGGGUGCAUCACCACCGGGGAGUGUCGACGUUGGCCCGAUGGCGGUUGCACUUGCUAAUCCCCUUCAGUCAGCAAAAAAACCACCCACUGAACAUAUUAAGAGGCCCAUGAAUGCAUUUAUGGUGUGGUCACGACUUCAGCGGAGGAAAAUAGCCCAGGAUAAUCCGAAAAUGCACAACAGUGAAAUAUCAAAACGACUGGGAGCGGAAUGGAAGUGUCUCCCGGAGAACGACAAACGUCCGUUCAUCGACGAAGCCAAGAGAUUACGAACGGAGCACAUGAAGGAUCAUCCGGAAUACAAAUAUCGACCACGACGCAAACCAAAGACACUGAGAAAAGAGGGAUAUCCCUACAGCAUUCCCUACGCAAGUGUCUCGAUGGAUGCACUCAGAGCCGGUAUAGCUGGUGGGAUGGGACAAGCCGGUAUGGGUUCUUACUACGGACCAGCAGCAGCCUAUGGAUCACUUUCGGCAGCCAGCAUGGCUGCCGCUGCGGCUGCGGCUGCCCAACAGUCAGCAGCAGCGAUGUCUGGCCUCGGGGCACCUGGCCAGGUGGUGAGCUCAAUGGAUGCCAUGAAAUAUUCAAUGGUAGAGGCUGAGAAGUAUCGUGCAGCUGCUUACAUGCCCCCGAGCACCCUGGCAAUGAGCAUGUAUCCAGAUCCAAAGAGUCUCGACUCGAGUCCCAAGUACUGGGACCGCGGUUACCUCGAGGCCAAAACCUACUUUGAACAAUCGAAACUCUACAUGGAUCAGAAGCCAAUGGUUGAUUACAAUCACACUAGCUAUGAGUCAAAUAAAUUGUACGAGGAUUCGAGUCCUGGUGGUGGACCAGCUAGAUCACCACCGACUGCUGAUUCACCUGAUGUUCUCAAGCAUCACAAUACCACUGAGAGGACAACUGAACAGCACAAUUCGUCAAGCGCAAGCGCAACAUCAACACCUACGUCUUCAGCUGCCAGUCCUGGUGCUAGUUUAUCAGCUUAUUAUCCGGGUAGUGUACAGGCAACCGGAUUGUUAGCAUCACAAUAUGCUGGUUAUCAAUCAACAACAACACCUGGUAAUGAAGCGCCGUUUAGGCGACCACUCACCGUCAUCUUCUGACCCGAUAGGCCAUAGCUACAAUCAAUAGUAAGCAAAUAUCAAUCGCCAAUCUAUCCACCUUGAGAUAAUUCAUAGGAGAAAUGUACAAAAUUCAAAUACACGAGUCGAUUAAUUUUGUUGAAUAAUUUUACUGAAUUUCAGAGGAUUAUUUUAUUGAUUUUAUUGGAUUAACUACAAAACGCGAUGACCUCCGGAAUUUUCUAUUGAAUCGAUUUAAAAUCGAUAGAAAGUUCAUUGGGAGUUGAAUGGAGUUAUCCACUUAAUUUCGUCCCACGUGUAUUCACGGUGAGAAAAAUAUUUAUUAUUUUAAAAAAUUGAAUCAAAGAUCGCAAUGAAUUAUCCUAUUUUUUGCAUUCUUUUUCAUAUUUAUAAUAAAAAUAUCUCUCCGUCUAUUAACGGUUUUUAGUCACUCAACAGGGGAAAACAAUUUCUCAAGUGAAUAUCGAUGAAUUUUAUCGUUUUCACGAUUUGAGAAUAUUAUUUCGCCUGUGAUUAAAAUAUCGAUAUUGAAUUGAUUAGAUUUAUCAUAUGUAAUUGUCUCGCAUACGAAAUUCUUCCUGCCAAUUCGGAAAAUUAAAUGUAUAUAAAUGAAACCAGGUUUAUGAUACAUAAAUUGGUCAUAUAGCACUUGUAGAUUAUGAAAAUAUGCAGUGUGAUCAUCGGCGUAAUGCAUAAAAUUGUUCUUUCCAUUUGUUCUUUGUAAUUUUAUUAAAAAUCGUGCCCUUGGAUCUCACAUUUCGAAUGGUGAUUUAUUGAAAUUCUCGCGUAUCAUCGUUGUUCAAGAAUUCCCGUGCGCCGGGGAGUAUAAAUACUAUAUAUAAUGAAUAGUUAUAAUCGUGACAAAUACUUGCUCAUAGUCGUUGCAAUGCAAAGCGCACAUAGAAAUUAUUGUAAAUAAAAAAAACGUAGAUUAUUCCGAUUAUUUUCCUCGAUAUCUCUCUAUCUGUUGGAUAAAUUUGGAUAAGUCAGAGCUUUUUCAUGAAGUUUAACUAUUCAUUUACACCAUUAUCAUUGAGAACACAGCAGAAUCGUGGACAUGUGUCUAACAACAACGAUACAUGUGCUGAAGCAACAUUAAAUAAAUAAAAAUAACGUGAGCCCUUUUCAAAGUGCUCAACAUUCAUUUGUAAACAUCUCAUCGUGGCUCAUGCACCAGCCCCUGUUCCUCAUAUUUAUUCCACUUUCCUCAUUCACUUCCACCCCCUCCCCCCAGCAGUCUCUUCCAAAAUUUAAUCCACAACCCCCCGAAUGGCGCCCGAUAAGAUGUUUAUCCAAAAAAAAAGAGUAUGAGAUAUCGAUUAAUGUUGUUCGUGUUGUUGUUACCGCCGUCGCUGCACUGUGCUGCUAAUAAAUUAUUGUUAUCUCAAAAGAACAGUUGAACAAAUCAACUGAAUAAAAUUUUCAAAAGGGGGGCAGACAUUAUAAUUGUAGAUGAACGCGAAUUACGUUAAUUCAUCCCCGAAGGCAUCACAAUAUUCGCGCAUCGAGUCAUUAAUUAUUGUUUCAAUGUUCUAUUCAUUGCACUCGUUACAGUCGACAUUUCGUUGACGCGUUUUGUUAAUAUUAUUUUUUUUCACAUUUAAUAAUUAUGUGCGAUAAGGGGGGAUUUUUGAAUGACUCAUUGGAUUGUAAUCCACUGGUCACUGUGAAUUUUUUUAAACAAUUGAGGUAUUCGCAUGGGAAUUCACUCAUUGUCAACGACAAACGUUAUGUCAUUGUAUAAACAAUUAGGCAGCAUUAUAUUUGUAAUUGUUAACAAUUAUCAUAGUCAUUAAGGUUAAAUAAAUAAUGAUACAAUACAUUGUAAUAGAUAGAAUUGAUCUUAAGUGGAUCCAACGUAUUCUACUUGAAAUAAAAAAUAUGAUGAAUAAUCGGUAAUUAUUGUAUUUCAAGUGGAGAUGAUGAUGAUAAAUAAAUAUUACGGUAAAUAGUA